AUGCAGACAUCCCGAGGGUUGGCCUGGGAGGGCGCGCCUUGUCCCGGGGCGAACGCCCCUUGUCCUGGCUUUGCCCCUCUGCAGAGUGCCGGCACCCCAAGGGAGCAAGCCAGGCAGCUGGUCAUCGACCUGGAGACUCGAGGGAAGCAGGCGUUUCCUAUCUUCGUCUCCAUCCUGCGGGACACCGGGCAGGGUGACCUCGCAGACCUGCUGAGCGAGGCGUGCGAGUCCCCGCCGUUGCAACCGGUAGACGUGAAGCCCAUUGAACUGGACUUAGGGGGAGAAACGCGUGAUAAAAGUGUGAGCGCUUUGGAAAGUGUCCCCGUUCCGGUUCAAGACACGAGCGACAAAUUUCGAUUGCAUCCUGCAGAAGCCAGGGGUUCAGCUGUUGACAGAUUGAAGAGGAACUCUGAUUUGGUUUAUGAUCUGAAAGCGGAUCCUUGCGGAUACUGCCUGAUCCUCAACAACGUCAACUUCAGUAGAGAUUCCGAUCUGUCGACUCGAGCUGGCUCAAACAUAGACUGUGAGAAACUGGAGAAGCGUUUCAAGUCAUUGCACUUCAAUGUCCUGACUCGGAAGGAUCUCAAAGCUCAGGAAAUCGUUUGGGAGCUGCAAAAGCUGGCCAGGCUGGACCACAGCGCCUUGGACUGCUGCCUUGUGGUGAUCCUUUCCCAUGGUUGUCAGACAAGCCAUAUUCAGUUUCCUGGAGGGAUUUAUGGAACAGAUGGAAAAGCCAUUCCAGUUGAAAAGAUUGUGAACUAUUUCAAUGGGUCCCAUUGCCCGAGUCUGAGAGGAAAACCCAAACUCUUCUUCAUCCAGGCCUGUGGUGGAGAGCAAAAAGAUCAAGGAUUUGAAGUGGAAUCCGAUUCACCUGGAGACGAAGCUCAUAGACUUUCCAUGGAAUCAGACGCAACUCCUUUUCAGGCUCCGUCAGGCGCUUUAGACGAGCCGGAUGCCAUAGCCAGUUUGCCCACACCCAGUGACAUCUUGGUAUCCUAUUCAACUUUUCCAGGUUUUGUCUCUUGGAGGGACAGACUGAGUGGCUCAUGGUAUGUGGAAACGCUGGACAGCGUACUGGACCAGUACGCCCAUUCUGAAGACCUGCUAAACAUGUUACUGCGGGUGGCACAUGCCGUAUCUGCCAAGGGGAAGUACAAGCAGAUCCCGGGCUGUUUCAACUUCCUCCGUAAAAAAUUCUUCUUCAUGUGCAAAUGACUUUUGGGCUUUGAGGUCCCUGCCAAAUAUGAGAAUUACUUCCCCGAGGCCGGAUGAAACUUGCACCUGCCAUAACUCAGAAUCAAUGCUUCUGGUGGCCUUUGUCUAUGGAGAUGUUUGUCCUGAGUAAUGUGAUUUGUGAACGCUGUUAUUCCUGUGAAAUAGCAAUAAGGUGAGGACUGUCAGCGUCCUGCUGGGAAAUCUUAAGGACAGAUAAGGGACGUUUGGAGGAAUCCCUUGUGCUAGGGUAUGUGCUGGCCUGGAGCCUCUCUCCCUGUUUGCAGAGGAGAGCACCUCUAGCCUGGGUAACUGAAUCAAAGUCUAGUGCCUGGGGGGGAAGAAAUCGUUUGUAACAAAUAUUUCUUUUUCAAUAAAA